AUGGAUCUUCUCACCACAGUAGCGUCUUUACUUGGACUGAUAUGCCUUUGCUCGGGUCCAGUAAAAGGCGGAAUGAGCGAUGACUACGUUAGCAGUGGAGAGGCGCCAUAUAUCAUUGAACAGCCUAUUGACGUCACAGUCGCACGACACCAGCCUGCAACCCUUAACUGCAGAGCUGGCGGGUCCCCUCCUCCAACCAUCAGAUGGUAUAAAGGAGGAGUUCUUGUCGUCUCAGAUACACAUAGAAGCCUUCUACCCGCGGGUGGGUUAAUUUUUCUGAGAACUACUCAUGGAAGAGCGCAUUCAGAUGCAGGUGUAUACUGGUGUGAAGCAAAUAAUCCAUAUGGGACAGCUAGAAGCAGAAAUGCAACCUUACAUGUCGCUGUCCUUCGCGAAGAGUUCAGAUUAGAGCCAGUAUCUACACAAUCUGCGCAAGGAGAAACUGUGAUACUAGAAUGUUCGGCACCAAGAGGUUCUCCAGAACCAACUGUCUACUGGAAGAAAAAUGGUCAAAUUUUGCACUUUGAUGGUGAUUCUAGGAUGCAUAUAGUCGACGGUGGAAAUCUCGUAAUACAAGACGCUAGGCAAGCCGAUGACGGCAGAUAUCAAUGUAUUGCGAGGAAUGCAGCGGGAACACGAGAAUCUACUGUUGCUGUACUCAGAAUACACAUUAAGCCAUAUUUAAUCACGGGGCCCGAGGACGUUGUGGCGCAGACUGGCGGUAGCGUUACAUUCCAGUGUCGGGUGGGUGGAGAUCCCCUCCCAGACGUGUUAUGGCGAAGGACCGCUGGAGGAGGGAACAUGCCACUUGGACGUGUCAAAGUUCAAGAUGACCGAAGCCUUAGACUCGACAACGUUAUUUUAGCGGAUGAGGGUGAAUACAGUUGUGAGGCUGAUAAUUCAGUUGGAGCUGUCAGCGCUAGUGGCUAUUUGACCGUGUAUGAUCCGCCUUCGAUUUCACUGAGACCAAAUUCAAUAAACGUUGAAAGUGGAACAUCAGUGACAUUCACUUGUACUGCCACGGGAAGACCAGAACCAACAAUGUUCUGGAGUGUUGAAGGAAAGAGAACUAUUAUUUUACCUGGUACAUCGAGAGAUAAAUACCACGCAACGACUGUACUGGAUGGUGUCACUGUGCUAACAAUCAAUGAUACAAAUAAAAACGACAGUGGAAACACGAUAGUUUGUUCGGCGGUAAACUUUGCUGGCAGUUCGUUUAUCAGAGGGAAACUAACCGUGACGUCAGACGAUGACCGCCCACCGCCAAUCAUAACAAACGGGCCCUCUAACCAAACGUUACCUAUAAAAUCGAUGGCAGUUUUCCCCUGUACAGCCGUCGGUACACCUGAACCAAUCAUCGCUUGGUAUUUUGAAGGGGAAGCAUUAAUACAAAAUCAUAGAAGGAAUGUAACUAAUGACGGAACUCUCAUUUUGAAGGAUUUAGAUAAAUCUGAUAGCGGUACUUACACAUGUGUGUCAUCUUCGCAUCAUGGCAAAUAUGUAUGGAGCGGGGUUUUGUUAGUAGAUAGUCCUAUAAAUCCAAAUAUUCAUUUUUUCCGAGCCGCAGAUGUAUCAUCACUACCCGGUCCACCAACAAAACCGCUAAUAUAUAAUAUAACAGAUUCAUCCGUUACAAUAACCUGGAAUCAAAACAAUAAAAUUGGGUCAUCCUCAAUAUUAGGUUAUCAAAUUGAAGUAUUUUCUAGAGAAACUCUAUCAGGAAGUAAUACUCCAAGGAAUUCAAGAGGAUGGAUGGUAUUAGCACGACGGGUUCAUCAUACACAAUACGUAGCUAAAUCAUUAGUGCCUGGGGUGACGUAUAUGUUCAUUGUACGAACGGAAAAUUCCCAUGGGCUAUCCGGACCUAGUCCUGUUUCCGAUUCAGUCACUAUCGGUGAUGAUUCUAAUUCAUUAUGGGAAACCGGUGUAUUUUCAAACAAUACCGAAUUUAGAAAUAACAUUUUGACUGACAAUAUUGUAGAAUUAAUUGAAGCAACUCCGAUAGACUCCAAAACAAUAAAGCUCAUGUGGGAAAUAUUAAAUUUUUACUAUUUGGAGGGUUUAUUCAUAUAUUUCAAACCCCUAGACAACAUAACGACCGAAUAUGAAAUGAAAACUAUUUUGCAUUCCAACGAUGUCUCCGGAUAUGAAAUAACGUCUUUGAGAAAAUAUACAAAAUAUGAAUUUUUCCUCAUACCUUUUUAUAAGAAGUUCGAAGGAAAGCCGUCGAAUUCUAGAAUGGCUCAAACAUUAGAUGAUGUACCCGAUGGACCACCAAUUAACAUAGAAAUGUUCAUCUUAAACACCACGACAGUUCAUUUAAAAUGGUCCCCUCCGGAGGCUCAUUUACAAAAUGGAAUUAUAACUGGCUACAAUAUACUGGUUAAUUGGUUGGACAUACCUGCAAACAAAUCCAUGGUAGCCAUCAACACCACCGUUCACCAAACAACAAGUCUAAUUAUGACCAAUUUAACAUCUGGUGUAAGCUAUUCUGUCCAAAUUGCUGCCGAAACCAUCGUUGGUUUUGGUCCGUUCACUCAAAAAGUCUAUUUAAAUAUAGAUUCACGGUCAGUUGGGCUAGAUCCUUUAUCGAGAUAUCCGAUAAACGGAGAAGUGUCUAUAGUAGCAGGGGACUUUGUUAUGGAAACAUGGUUUUACUUUUUGAUAGGAGCGAUUGUUCUGUUCAAAAUAAUUGUGAUUGGCGGCAUUAUUUACGUACGAAAACAUAAUAUUUUUGCAAAAAAAUCUGCUCUUCCAAACAUUUAUGAUUCCAACGGGACAAGCUUAGUGACUCAAAUGAACAUAAAAGCGGCAGUGUCUUUGUCACAUCCUCUUACGAGCUGCUACAAUAAGAACACUGUGACCAAAACUGAGUCACUGUUGUGGAUGGAGAAUCAACCAGGAUUAUGCAUGUCGGGCAAUCAAACAAAUCAAAGUAUUAAAGAGAAAAAUAAUUCGGAAUACGACAAAGUGGCCCAGCAGUUACCCGAAUAUGCUGAAGUAACAUCUUCACGUGCGAAUGCAAAUGAAUGGAAUACAAGUAAAACUGCAACUUCUCCAGCGGCGUAUGCCUCGGUUACCCUCGUUGCUAAUACAAGGCAAUGUGUAAGUUCAUUGGGCUGGUUUCCACCUACUGGAAAAAAUGUUGAAUCCUUUGACAACCGGUAUGCUCCGGAAGAAGAAAUGUACCCAGCUAGUAACGGAGGGUACUAUAACAGAAAUGUGUAUAGUGAAAAAUACUUUCAAGGUCAUCCGAAUGUAUUAAAAUUUUAUGAUUUACCUUCAUUGGACAAAACGCAAAAAGCCCAAGUAAGAUAUAAUCAGAGUUUAGAUGAAAGAAAAAGUGAUAAGAACUCGAAGACUGAUGUCACUCAAUCCUUGAUAGGUCGCACAUACGGAAUUAGUUCCAGGAAAAACUCUGAAACUGAAUCUACCUAUAGAGCGUUCGGGGAAGAGGACACAGAUGAGGAUAAUUAUCCUGAAGAUGGUGGUUAUGAUGAAUUGCAAGCUAUGCAACCCCAGAGACAAAGACCACAACAUCAGUAUGAAAGGCCCAAUUUCGAUAACGAUGGGACUAGAACUUUGGCCCGUCUGACCUCAUUCAGACAGGGCCAAAGUCUUACCAGUAGUACAAAGCCGUCCCUUGCACCACCACAUCCACCACCAGCGCCUCAUCCUCGUGUGGACUCUGUGACACGGUAG